AGCCAAUUCCAAUAAAAAAGCAAAAACAAUGCCUCAAACAACUACUAUUGAAACUCUCACUGUAACCAGACCAUUUAAGUUUACAAAAUUCUCGUUCAAUAAAAAUAUAAAUAAAAUAAUAGCAAGUAAUGAUUAUUGGAGUCAGGAAAGAUCAGGAUAAGAGAGGGAUGAAUAGAAAGAGACCGACUGUGGAGAGGAAAGAAAGAGAAAGGGAAGGAAAAGAAAGAAUUAAAAGAGGAAGAAGAGCGAAGAAAACCGAGAGAGCGCAGAGAUUGGCACUCGCGCGCAUUGCGCCGCGACCUUUAAUGGGCGCUGAUGGGCGCAGCCUCCCUGGAACCUGGAAUCCGAUUGCUUCCCCCUCCCCCCAAUCCCAGUCGCGGAGAGUCAGUGCUCUCGCUUGAGACGCGGUUUUCUCGUUCGCUUUCUCCUCCCUACCCUCCCGCGCGAAUAUCACGGUCAUUAAAAAUCAUUCGCGUCCGUGAGAGCGGUGGAAGGGGGUGCAAAGAUCCGAACACUGCCAUCGAUCUGUGAUCCGAUCGUUCUGCGGAAAAAGAGAAACAUAAAAGAAAAAAAUAGGAAAAAAAACGAAAAAGGUAGCGUUACAGGGGGUUGCCCUCGUCCGAUAAUACGUUGCGGGCCGCCAGCCAGCGCGACGAAAGCCAUUGACCCGCGCGCCCGUUAAUCAACCCUCUCCCCACCACUAGGCGAAUUCACGAUCGUCGUUCGGAACCCUCGGCACACGUUACCCCGCGACGCGCGUAUCUCUAGAGAAAAAAAGAUAAAGACAAAGGGUGGAUUUUUCGGGGUGGGUUCUUUCCGAGGGUUCUGUCGACUUAGGUGUCAACGACGAGAAUCAGAGAGCGGAUGAUGUCUCACGCGUGCCGUCCCGCAGCAUUGAGAAGCGCGUUAUCAUUAUCAUCGUCGCCGUCGUCGGCGUGUAUACUUCUCUGAAGAAACGUCGCGGAGGAGAACCUCCCCUCGUCUCGAUCGUGAUCACCGGAGUUUGCUCCAACUAGCGCUAUCGAGUUUUCGCGUGUGCUCUCUCCACGGAUCAGGAUUGCGAAUUUGAAAGUGAAAUGAUUAUGUACACGGUCGCCGAGGAUCACAUGGGCGACAAUGAGAUCGCGCAGGUGAUCGCAUUCAUAUGUGGGAUCAUAGUGGUGCUGUUGAUGAUAAUGGGUCUGGCGUCGACCGACUGGUUGAUGGCUCUGGGAUGGAGACAGGGCCUAUUCGCUCACUGCAUCGAGGAAGGUGCUCCGACGCCACUUCCCUUUAAUAUGCCCGAUCCACCAGGAUGUUAUCCAGCGAGAGAUAGCGCUUAUAUAAAGGCGGCUGCAGCCUUAUGCGUGUUAUGCCUUUUGACAGACAUUGCUGCGACUAUUCUCACUGGCCUGGGUUUGCGUACGCAGGAUCAUAGAGACAAGCACAAAUACUAUAGAUUUGCAGUAUUUUGCAUGGCUCUUGCAUUGGUGUCCCUGUUAAUAGCGCUGAUUAUAUAUCCAAUUUGUUUUGCAGCAGAAUUGAAUCUUGGAAAUCGAACUAAUUGGGAAUUCGGUUGGGCGUAUGGCGUUGGUUGGGGCGCGGUCAUCUUUUUGGUUGGAGGAGCAGUAUUGUUAUUAUGCGAGAAAGAAAGUGAAGAAAUUUAUUAUAAGGAGAAAAAAACUGUCCGCGAUGAUAUAGGAAGUGGCGGUUCCAUGAUUGGCAUGGGACAUCACGCUGGACGAAGUGGAACGCAGCUAGCCUAGUGGCAUUGCUCCCUGCCCGAUGUUGUUCUCUAGGUGAUUUGUUUCAUCUUUCUGCUCUCACAGUUCGACACAUGCGCAUACGAGAAGAUAUACAGGCCUAUAAGAAUGAUUUUUCGGUAGGGCGUUUUCGGCUAAUGUGGACAAGGAAAACUCUUACAGAUUCUCGAAUUGAUCCAACGUGGAUUUUGAUAUAUCAAAGUAUCUAGUGGUGUCUUAAAUACACAUGAUGGAAAAAACGAAUAAUCUUUUAUAUGAAAAAGAAAAAUUAGAAAAUCUUCGUCUUUUAUGAAACUUCCAAUGUUUGAGUUUUAUAUUAAAAUAUUUAAUGCUGAGACAGGAAAAAAAUAAUAACAUGUUCCUUAUGAAAUUGACUUGAAAUUAGUCGAAGAAUUUGUAAGUCAGUUUUCACUGUCGUUAAAAAUAUGGAAUAGAUGUAAUCCGUUCAUUAGAUGGGUGUGUAUUCAAGUUACUAUCAGUUUGAUGUAGACAACAUGUUGUUAAAUAAGUAACACGCAUUUCGAUUUUU